AUGGCAUUGCGAUAUCUGACCACGUUUUCCGCCCUCCUUACAACCAUUCUAGCAAAAGAGACCGUCGACCCGAGUCCACUGAAGGACCCGAGACUCCUGCUCACACCGGGUCUCCUCCCCGCGAGGCCUCUGCUCGGGCAGGGCAACGACCCAUUCGGACCAUUGCUCUUUGGCGUGACCGGGCGACUCCUUAGGCACGCUAAUCUCGAGAACCGUGUCUGCGGGGGAUCGGCCCUUCACUCGGCCUGUUCGGGUGAUGCGGCGAAAUGCUGCCCAACUGGCGGGGAUUGCUGCGGCGAUGGAACCUGCUGCGAGUAUGGACAUGUUUGUCAGAAAAAUCAUCUGGAGAGGACGGUUUGUUGUCCGAAGGGUCAGGAUUGUUCCCUGGUGUUGCCGAUUGUGAGUUACUCCUUUUUCUUGGUCAAUCUUGAAAAGGGGGCACUGUGUUGAUUGCUCUUCAGAACCCAUGUGCGAUUGCGACCCAUACCAAGUGUGCGGGCUUCGAUGCUUGCUGCCCGCCGAAUAAGACCUGUCGGCUCGCUGGUAGUGAUAUAACUUGUGUUGACCUGGUAAGCUUAAAGAGCUUUUUUUUUGUUUUUUAUUUUGCAAUGAUCGGGUUCCCCGUUUUUCUUUAUCCCUUUUCAGCCAGCCACUAACGUCCCCGACAGCCCGGUGGUGGAGGCGGCAAUGUACUUGCAAGACGUGCGGAAAGUUCUGCUGCGAUGGUAACUGGCGGCUCGGGAUCAGUGCCGACGUCUUCCCCUCCGUCGAGCUCCGCUCUCCAGAGCUCCUCUGGCGGCGGCUCCCCCCCAAGUAGUACCCCCCUUCAACAGUCUUCGUCUGGCGGGACUCCCCUCCAACCGUCUUCAUCUAGCAAGGCUCCCCCCCUUCAACCGUCUUCAUCCAGCAAGGCCCCCCCCCUUCAACCGUCUUCAUCCAGCAAGGCCCCCCCCCUUCAACCGUCAUCUAGCAAGGCUCCCCCCUCCGUCACUGCCCAGCCACCCUCCAUCACUGCCCAACCACCCUCUGCUACCACCCGACCGCCUUCGGCCACCGUUCAGCCACCCUCAGCCACCAAUCGGCCACCUUCAAACACCGCUGGAGGGUCACCUUCGAUCACCAAUAGACCACCCUCAACCACCAAUCGGCCGCCUUCAACCAAUCGGCCACCAUCACUCUCCGGGCAAUCGAUAGUAAUUACAACCAGAUCCGGAAAAACGGUAACACUAGGUAACACUCCGCCUUCUCCUAACACUCCGCCUUCCCCUAACACUAUCACCGAAACCCAAACCCCCACCCCUGACCGAGACUCCUCGGGCUUCGUACAAACCAUCUCACAAACGCGCGGUAAAGAUGCAAGUGCGGCCACCCGCGACGGCACUGCAACUACUAAAGCCUCGACAGUCGCUAUUGCCGGGGGCAGUACGAGCGGGAGCCGGCGAACCGCUUCAACCUCCACUGUCGAAACCUCCACAAUGACCUCGGCCAUUAUCUCCGAUGGCACAACCAGCUUUGUCGAAAUCCCCGUUGUCACCACCCGAGCCGUUGGUCCGGAUUUUGCUGGGGCUGAGUCCACCGGCACCGGCAGUGGUGGUGGCAGUGGUGGCAGUGGUGGCAAGAGCGGCCCCGGUGCAGCGGUCAUAGCGGGCGCCUCUAUUGGCGGAACAAUCAUCCUCGCGGCGAUAGUGUUCGGAAUCUUGCUCCUCGCGAAGAAGAAGAGGGCGCGGAGGAGGGAGGAUCCGGAUUUUCAGGGGAUAUUCACACCCCCACCCGUGCGGGAACCGACGAUUCCGGUGCUGCCGCCGUCUAGUGGUGCUGGCGGGCGUGGGAGCACUGCGUCCCCCGUGUCAGAGUUGUCUUUGAGAGGGGUUGUGACGUCGAUGCCUAGGUAUUCGAGCAUGCAUGUGCCGCCUGACGUAGCGGAGUUGCAGGAGGACGUGGCAAGGGAGGAGGAGGAGAAUAGGACUUCCGAGUGCAUGUUUUCCUCUAUCCAUUAAGCUGCAGUUUCUAUGCUAACUUGACGACAGAUUAUCCAACGAAUAUACCGCACGAACUACACAACAGUGAGCAGCAGCAGGUAUAUAACGGACAUCCAGUGCAUGCGCAGCCCGGGCUACACGAAGCUUAUGGAAACCCACCUCCGGGAUCUCCACCUCCGGGAUCUCCACCUCCGCAGCAGCAAUAUGGACCUCCACAGCAGCAGGAGUACAUAGCAUAUCCAGGCGGGAAUGGCGGUGUGUAUCACAGAGGGUAUUAA